UUUUCACCUGGUCUGGGUCCCUGCAUCAAAGUUUCCUUUCAUAUACAAGCUUUUAUUUUGAAGAAGAAAGGAAACAAUGUUUUGAAAAGCGGAAGUUGUAAUGUUUACGUUUGAGCUAACUGCUAGCAUGGUAAAAGACAUGCGAUAGAUGUUUCACCGGUCAGGUGUUGCAGGUUUUUUAACCACCCACCAACGAAGACGGUACUCCAGAAACAGACAAAUGCCUAAAAAGGAGAAGGUGGUGAAGGGACAGUCGGCGGCAGCUGGAGGCGGAGCAGCUGGGACACAAAGUUCUGGUCCGGUGGCUCGAGACAAAAACGGGGCUGUAACCAUAGCGGUGCGCGCGAAGCCCGGCUCCAAGCACAGCAGCAUCACAGAUGUUUCUGUAGAGGCGGUGGGUGUUUCCAUCGCAGCUCCGCCUACGGACGGAGAAGCCAACGCUGAGCUCAUCCGCUACCUGGCAGAUGUUCUGGACCUGAAGAAGACUCACAUAUCUCUUGACAAGGGUUCCAGAUCCAAAGACAAACUUAUCAGAGUGGAAUCCUCCCUCAGUCCGGAGGAGGUCCUGAGUCGGCUCCGCCAGGCUGCAGAUUGAGUAGGGAGGACGAGGAGGAACCACGCUGCAGGACACCAGAGGAUGACGAGGGUUCAAGUCCCUUUCCUGAUCCAGGCAUCUGUGACUCUUUCCCUGAAUCCUCUCCUCAUGUGUUAAAAUUUCCCGGUUCGAGCAGAGAUGGUGAGGACGAGACAUGAGGAAAGACACCAUCCGUCUCUGUCAGAUCUGCUUUAAGUUCAGUGUACAGUCAGAGAUAAUGUGUCACACAGUUUUUAAGAAGAGUUUUACAAAGGAUCCACCUGAGCAGCCUCCUCGGUGGCGUCCUUCAGCAUGUUGAGGAGAGAGGUGAUCUUCUUUUAGAAAAUGAGCUGUAACAUGAAGAUAUGAAAUGUCUGAUGAAGAGUGGACUGCACUGGCAGCAUGCUUACAUGCUGCUUGGAAGGACUUCAGGAUUAAAGAAUAAACUAGAA